AUGAAUGUUACAACAGGAUUCCCAGGUUCAAUAGGAGUGAAGGGAGAACCUGGUCAAAAUGGGCAGACUGGAUCAAAAGGAAAUAAAGGAGAUAUGGGUGUAGAAGGACCCAAAGGUAACAUGGGAUUUCCAGGAGAUCCUGGAAUUAAAGGAGCUCAUGGAGUACCGGGUGUAGCAGGACCUCCUGGUGCAAAGGGUGAUACAGGAGACCCAGGAAGUCCUGGUCUAAUGGGUGAAGCUGGUCUACCUGGUCAACCUGGUCUCCCUGGUUUAGAAGGGAUUAUCGGAGAGAUAGGAUCUCCAGGUGCUCCUGGUUCUCCAGGAGAAAAAGGAGAUCAGGGAGACCCUGGUAGGGAUGGGCUCCAGGGUCCACCAGGAAUCCAGGGAUAUGGAGUGAAAGGAGAUAAGGGUGAUAUGGGAGAUCUUGGACCCUCUGGACUGGGAGAGACACCUUACGAGAAUCGUAAGCGAAAGUGA